AUGGCGGCCCACCAGAGGUCGGCCUUCCCCUCCCUGCGCCUCCAGCAGAUCCUUUCCGGUGGGCGGACUGUGGUCCCUUCGCUUAAGUUGGAGGCCGAGCCUGUUAGUUCUCUCUCCUAUCCAACUGCGUUGACCUAUUGCCCCACUUCUCUUAAUUUCAUGCUUGUUUUUUAGGGUUUUCUUUUUUCUCUUCUAUUGCUUUUUGCCCGUUUAGCUCCGCGGAAGUUGCGUUGUUCCUUUAUCGGAGAAUUAAUGGAUUUAAUGAUUGUUCUGUCUAUAUAUCUGUGAGACAACUGCGUGAUUCACUUGCCCAUCUCGUUGAGCUCUCGCCCUGCCUCUUUUUCUCCGCUGCUCAUGGGCAUAAUAAAUUGCCAUCUUGGUGAAGAUAAGAUACAAACCCAUAUAGUUUUUACGUUGAGCCUAUGAUUAACAUCUUCUCCAAAAGAUAAUUGUCUUACACUUCUUUUGCUGCUAGAAAUUUUUAAUUUUUCCCUCACUUGUCACUAGGGUCUCGUAUGAGAAUCAUGAAUUGAGAUGCGUAAUUUUUACCACUUAUCUUAUCGGGAGUCUGUUGUCAGUGUUAAAGAAACAUGGGGAAGUGAAUUAUGCAGCAUUUGAUUGGUUUUUGGAAAAAAUAAGUACUAAACAUUGCAUGAAUAUGAAGAACAUUGCCCCACAGGUGAGUCUGCUGGUUUUGUCUCGACAUACUGUAGUCCCAAAUGCAGCAGUUGCUAGGUCUUUGGCAAAAGAAAAUACCCAGCAUGUCAUGAUGUGCAGAACUUUGUCCCGUGGUUAAGUUUACUGAUUUUUGUUUGAUUUAUCUGCUGUCGUAAAUAAAUUCCGAGUGGAGAGAAUUACCGUUAUGAAACUGUCAUUCUUCUUGAUUGGACGGUCUCAAUGGCAACAUGUAGCUUUUUUCAUGAUUAGUUAACGCCCACUUUUGCGACCUUUUGAAGCCGUUACAAAGAUACUGAAUAUUUUGAGCUCUAUUGCAGUGCAUGGAUUUUUUUUAUAAAUCAGGAUUGUACUAUAAAACGUUUGAAAAUAUUAUAAUUUGAAAACUCAGAAGUAUCAUAGGCAAGGAGAAUUUUCGGGUUGCGAGGAAUGAGUGGAUUGAGCAUUAAACAGCAUAUGUGAAAGUGGAUUUGAUUUACUUUCCAAGGUUAUGGUUUUCAUUCGAAGGAGGUAGUGGAGGCUUUUCUGGAAUGUUUGAGAGAAUGUGCUCUUACUUGAGUAACAAAACUGGGAAAACUCUUCGUCAUGAUCUAUCUUGCAAAAGUAUACCUCAUAUACAAGUCUAACUAGCUAUGUUGGGUAUAGAGAUGGUUAUAUCGGAUUUUACUUCUACCAUGUUGUAAAAAUAUCGAGAUGUCUUCUCUCUAUCCCAUUUUAUGACAAUCUUCGAUUCAGGGAUUUAAUUUUUCCAGGGAUCUAUUUCCAGAGUUGAUUGAAUGGGCCAUUCGCUCUGUGGUUGCAACAUUCGUUUGGUGUAGUAUUUAUUUGAAUUGUAUUUUUUCAGUUCACAAGCCUUAAUCUAGUUGGCGAAGCCGGCCCUCUUUUUCUUAAUGGAUGAUGUAUUCUCUGGUUUUUACCCUUAAGUACAGACAAAAUGAUGCUUAUAAUGCUGCAAUCCAAUUUUUGAAGUCCACGUGUAAGCAAAAGGACUAGAAAUUUACCCGCAUAGAAGAGUAAAUGGAUGCCAUAUCAUUUCUAGUUAUCAAAACUCGUCAUUGAUGAAAAUAGAAGUUAUGACUAGUGAAGUACAGGAUAUUCUUUUCUUCUUUUUUCCAUAAACGAUUCUAUUUGAAUAAUCAAUCGAUUGGAUGUAUUAUAUGUUGGGGAGAUCGGAUGGGAAUGGGCAUGCCCCUAUGCAAAGGUAGUGGCAACAUUCGACUGGGUUUGAACUUGAUCCUUUUUUGACCCUUGCUUGUUUUGUUGAUUCUUAGGAUUUUACAGUAGGUUGAGGAUUUAUUUCCCAUGGUUUUUUGGGCAAACAGAAAGCAUGGUAGUUUACACUGUGAAAGCACUCCAGACAGGGUUUCCUCCCUUUUGCAUUAAGAUGUGGUCUUGGAGAUUAUACUUUUUUCUUGGUGCCUUUGUCUUUCUACAAAGUCGCCGUUCCCUUUUAUCUCUGUUUCUUCAUAUGCCAUUUUUUUCUCUCGGUCAUUUUUGUUCUUAUCUUUUCUGAUGUAUAAUUAUGUCUUUAGCAUGUUUUUUUUUGGGGAAUUUCCUUUGCCUUUUCAUUGUCUUAUUCAUAUAUUCGUAACCAGAUUCUAUUGUGACUGUUACUUUUGCAUGUGGUUUCAUUUGAAAAAUCUUAUCGAAUUUUCUUUGCUCAAGCCUUUAUCCACCAAUGAUCAUGCAUAGAAUUCUAUCCACCAUAAACUUUUGAAGGGCCCUUCUUUAAAGUUUAAUGUGUUACUACAGACCAAAGCUUAUGAGCAUCCAGAGGCUUUUCUUGUGUUUGUGUCUGCAUAUUGUUUAUUUUUUUAGGAUUAAUGUAAAUCUACUUGGAUCUUUGCAGCCUCCAAAUGCCAAAGAAUUCAUUGACAGAGUGAUUAAGUGUCCAUUACAUGACAUAGCUAUUCCUCUUUCAGGCUUCCGAUGGGAAUACAACAAGGUUAUUGCAAUUGAUUUAGCUAUUUGUUUAUCGUCUUCUAUUUUGGGCAUUGCUCCAGCUAAACCUGUGCUUUGGGUUUCAGGGAAACUUUCAUCACUGGAGGCCUUUGUUUUUACAUUUUGAAACAUAUUUCAAAACAUACAUUUCUUGUAGGAAGGAUCUUCUUCUAUCUGAUGAUAUGAAUGAUGAAGAUAAGUUUCCCAAGAGUUCAGUUUUACAAAUUCUGAGAGUCAUGCAGAUUAUUUUAGAGAAUUGCCACAACAAGAGCUCCUUUGGUGUCUUGGAGGUGCGUACAAGUAUCAGUAGGAUCUUUUUUUCGUAACUGAUUUUUUCUGUGGUAUCUGACAUCUGAAUUUGUUGUUCUUUAUCUACCAGUAUUUCAAGCUUCUUCUUGCGUCAAGAGAUCCUGAGAUACUUAUAGCUACACUGGAAACUCUCGGUGCCCUUGUGAAAAUAAACCCUUCCAAACUCCAUGGAAGUGGAAAGUUGAUCGGUUGUGGCUCUUUGAAUCACAACCUGUUGACUCUGGCGCAGGGUUGGGGAAGCAAGGAAGAAGGAUUGGGUCUGUCCUCCUGUGUUGUGGCAACAGAGGAAGCCCAGGAUGAUGGAAUGUGCUUGUUUCCAUCGGAAGAGAUUACACGUGAUGGAACUCAAAGUCGACUGGGUUCAACUUUGCAUUUUGAAUUCCAUGUGCCUGCUUCCCAGGGAAGGGGAGAAACCAGCGACAGUAACCCAGCUACUAAUUUAUGUGUCAUACAGAUCCCAGAUCUGCAUUUAUGCAAGGAGGAUGACCUAGCCCUUCUGGGGCGGUUUGUUCAGCAAUACAAUGUACCUCCAGAGCACAGGUUUUCAUUACUCUCAAGGAUUAGGUAUGCUCAUGCCUUCCAUUCACGCCGGACAUGCAAGAUAUACGCCAGGGUUUGCAUUCUUGCAUUCAUUGUAUUGGUUCAAUCCAGUGACGCCCACGAUGAACUUAUUUCUUUCUUUGCUAAUGAACCUGGGUACACGAAUGAAUUGAUUUCGCUCGUCCGUUCUGAAGGCUCUGUCCCAGGGACUGUAAGAUCACUUGCUAUGCUUGCACUGGGGGCUCAGCUUGCUGCUUAUACAUCAUCUCAUGAACGGGCAAGAGUAUUGAGUGGAUCAAGCAUUAUUUCUGCUGGGGGAAACCGAAUGAUGCUAUUAACGGAAUUACAGAAAGCUGUAGUAUCACUGAAUAAUGUCACUGAUCCAUCUCAUCUCUUAUUUGUCAAUGCUCUUCUACAAUUUUUCCUGCUUCAUGUUCUAUCUUCCUCAAGUUCGGGUAGUGCUAUAAGAGGACUAGGAAUGGUUCCCCCACUUUUGCCUCUUCUACAGGACAGUGAUCCUUCCCACAUGCAUCUCGUCUAUUCCGCUGUUAAGAUUCUUCAGAAGCUGAUGGAGUACAGUAAUCCAGCUGUGUCCUUGUUCAAGGAUCUUGGAGGAGUAGAAAUUUUAUCUCAGCGGUUACAAAUCGAAGUACAUAGAGUUAUUGGGGCGGAUGAUGAGAGUACCAGUGGGAUGAUUACUGGUGAUUCAUUGAAAGUUGAUGAUAACAAUAUAUAUUCUCAGAAGCGGCUUAUCAAAGUUUUGCUGAAGGCACUUGGUUCUGCAACUUAUUCUCCUGCAAACUCUACAAGAUCUCAGAACUCCUCCGAAAAUAUACUGCCUGCUUCGCUGUCUUUAAUAUUUCGCAAUGUGAAAAAAUUUGGUGGUGACAUAUAUUUUUCGGCAGUGACUCUUAUGAGUGAGAUCAUCCAUAAGGAUCCUACAUGCUUUCCCCUGUUGCACGAACUUGGUCUUCCUGAUGCUUUUCUAUAUUCAGUGUCAUCUGGAAUACUCCCAUCUGCAAAAGCGCUCAUUUGUAUUCCUAGUGGUCUUGGAGCCAUUUGCCUUAAUGCAAAAGGUUUGGAAGCCGUUAAGGAAACUGCCGCACUACGUUUUCUCGUUGACACCUUCUCAUUGAAAAAAUAUCUGGUUGCAAUGAACGAAGGUGUUGUUCUUCUUGCUAAUGCAAUGGAGGAGCUACUGCGUCAUGUGUCUUCUUUGAGAAGUGCUGGUGUAGACAUAAUUAUUGAAAUCAUUGAAAAGCUUGCUUCAUUGGGGGAUCAAAACUUCUCUGGGCCUUCUUGUAAGUUGGAUGAGAAUACUGCAAUGGAAACAGAAAAUGAAGACAAGUCUCAGAAAGGACAUGAUUUGGUUAGUUCCAUGGACUCCAAUGCUGAUGGUGUUAGCGAGGAGCAGUUUGUUCAGAUGUGCAUCUUUCACGUGAUGGUACUUGUUCAUCGUGUCACAGAAAAUACCGAGACUUGUAGGUUGUUUGUUGAGAAGAAAGGUAUAGAAGCUUUGAUGAGACUGUUGUUGCGGCCAAAUAUUGCACAAUCCUCUGAUGGAAUGCCGAUUGCUCUGCAUAGUACUGUGGUUUUUAAGGGAUUUACCCAGCAUCAUUCUGCUCCUCUGGCAAAUGCCUUCUGCACUUCUCUUCGGGAACAUUUGGCCAAAGCCCUAAGUGGUUUUAAUUCAAUUUCUGGUUCGGUUAUACUGUCCCCGUUUGCUACAUCAGACAGUUCGAUUUUUUCUCCUCUUUUUGUUGUUGAGUUUCUUCUUUUCCUUGCUGCUUCAAAAGACAACCGCUGGAUAUCUGCUUUGCUUACAGAAUUCGGAAAUGGCAGUAGAGAUGUCCUGGAGGAUGUCGGCCGCCUUCACCGGGAAGUCCUAUGGCAAAUUGCACUCCUUGAGGAUGCAAAGCUUGGAACAGAUAUUGACAACUCAGCUUCCACAAGUGAAGCACAAAGUUCAAACACCAUUGUAGAUGAAAAUGAUGAACGUAGGCUCAGUUCUUUUAGGCAGUAUGUGGAUCCACUGCUUAGACGAAGAGGGUCUGGUUGGAGCAUCGAAUCUCAAUUUUUCGAUCUUAUUAAUAUGUAUCGUGAUAUCAACCAUUCUUCUAGAAUUCCUCGGAGAUUGGACAUAGAUGAUCCUGGUCUUGUGAAUUUAACUGGUCCCCAGUCUCAUUCAUCCAGUCCUUCAGAUGAAGGUACUGUUAGUACAGCAGAUGGUGAGAAGCGGAAAUCGUAUUAUUCUUGUCGUGAAAUGUUGAGGUCACUUGCUUAUCAUAUUGGUCAUCUCUUUCUGGAGUUGGGGAAUGCAAUGUUGCCUUCUCCUCGACGGGCUAAUGAUCCUGUGAAUGUCUCAGCCUCAGCCAAGUCUGUUGUUUCUAUCUUUGCUGCCAUCAUAUUGGAUCACUUGAACUUUUGUGGACAUGUGGCCGUCUCAUCUACAGCUGAUGUUUCUGUACACACUAAAUGCCGGUACCUUGGUAAGGUCGUUGAUUUUAUUGAUGGCAUCCUUUUAGACAAGCCUGAAUCUUGCAACCCUAUUAUGGUGAAUUGUUUUUAUGGUUCUGGAGUUGUUCAAGCUAUAUUGACCACCUUUGAAGCCACAAGCCAGUUGCUCUCUGCAGUCAACAGAGCACCAGCUUCUCCAAUGGAAACAGAUGCUGACAGUGUCAGACAGGUUGAAAAUGAGGAAACAGAUCGUUCGUGGAUAUAUGGUCCAUUGGCUAGCUAUGGUACACUUAUGGACCACCUGGUGACGUCGCCAUUUAUCAUAUCUUCUACGACGAAGCAAUUGCUUGAACAACCCCUCACUAGCGUGAAUAUUCCAUUCCCACGUGAUGCUGAGACAUUUGUCAAGGUGCUUCAAUCUAAGGUGCUGAAUGCGGUUCUUCCAGUUUGGAAUCACCCUCAUUUUUCUGAUUGUGAUUCUGACUUUAUCACAACAAUUAUUUCUAUCAUGAGGCAUGUUUAUUCUGGAGUUGAGGUCAGGAAUGUAAACAGCAUCGCUGGAAGUAGAGUUGCUGGCCCACCUCCAGAUGAGUCCGCGAUUUCAUUGAUUGUAGAGAUGGGCUUUUCUCGGCCUAGGGCUGAGGAAGCGUUGAGACAGGUGGGCACAAACAGCGUUGAGAUGGCAACAGAUUGGUUGUUCUCACACCCUGAGGAACCACAAGAAGAUGAUGAACUUGCACGUGCUCUUGCAAUGUCAUUGGGGAACACUGUUACAUCACUAAAGGAGGAUGCAUCUACCAAUGCCGGCAAUAUUGACCAUGAAGAACUGGUGCAGCCUCCAUCUGUGGAUGAGUUGUUAUCGUCAUGCAUAAAACUAAUGCAGGUGAAGGAAUCUUUGGCAUUUCCUGUUCGGGACCUCAUUGUUAUGGUCUGUAGUCAGGAUAGCGGUGAAAACAGAACUAAGGUUCUAGCUUCCAUUAUUGAUCAUUUGAGACAUUGUUCUAUAUCUGAUCCGAGCAACAGCGGUAAGCUGGCAGCUCUUUUCCAUGUCAUUGCAUUAAUUCUUCAUGAAGAUACAGCAUCACGGGAAGUUGCCUCGAGAAAUGGGUUGGUAAAGAUCAUCUUGGAUCUUCUUUCUGAGUGGGUCCCUGCUUCACAUGCUGGCGAGAAUAUCCAAGUCCCCAAAUAUGUGACUACAUCAUUUCUUGCCAUAGAUAGAAUGUUGCAGGUUGAUCCAAAGGUGGCUCUUGAGACCAGGGUUGCAGAACAGCUAAAGAAAAGUGAUCAUAGUGGUCAGUCUCCUUUAGUUAUUGAUGAAAGCAAGCAACCCCAUUUACAGUCUGGGGCAUUGGCCGUCAGUUCUCUAGAUGCAAAUGAUCAGAAAAGGCUUAUUGAGAUUUGUUGCAAAUGUAUACAGAAUAAAUUGCCUUCUGAAACGAUGCACGUUGUGCUACAGCUGUGUGCUACUCUUACUAAAGUUCAUUCUGUAGCUGUUAAUUUUCUUGAUGCAGGAGGAUUGCUGGCGCUGUUUAGCUUGCCAACCAGUAGUCUGUUUCCUGGGUUUGACAAUGUGGCAUCUUCUAUCGUACGUCAUAUUCUUGAGGAUCCACAGACUCUCCAGCAAGCAAUGGAGUCUGAAAUACGACGUAGCCUAGUGGCAGCUGCUAGCAGACAUUCAAAUGGAAGGGUGACGCCUCACAGUUUUGUUCAAAAUCUUGCUUCUGUAAUUUUUAGGGAUCCGGUACUGUUUAUGCAAGCUGCCAAGUCUGUUUGCCAAAUUGAGACAGUAGGAGAGAGAUCUUAUGUCGUUCUCAAGAAAGAUCGUGAGAAAGAGAAGUUGAAAGAGAAAGAUAGAGCUUCAGAUAAAGACAAACAACCUGCAACCGAUGGCAAGGGGUCUGGAGUUGAUGUGAACUUGGUGCAUAGCAAGUCACCCGAAUCAAUCAUAAAAAAUGCUAAGGUUCAUAGAAAAUCUCCACAAAGUUUCACAGCUGUGAUUGAUUUUCUUUUGGAUUCAGUAAUAACCUUUUCCCCCCCAGUAAAAGUUGAAGAUAUGAUUCAUGGUGCUGCUUGUACUCCAUUAGCAGACAUGGAAAUUGAUAGCAACUCGGUGAAAAGCAAGGGCAAAGCUGUUGUAGUCCCAUCUGACGGCAGUAACGCUGAGAACCAAGAAUCUUUGUCUUCACUUGCCAAGACAGUUUUCAUUUUGAAGUUGUUGACUGAAAUACUGUUGACUUAUCCUUCAUCGAUACAUGUCCUCCUCCGUAGGGACACUGAAGUUUGUAAUUUUCAUAGUCCUGCUCGAGAAUCUUCUGUGAAUUUUGGUGGGAUAUUCUAUCAUGUUCUUCACAAGUUCCUUCCCCAUGCUGGGAUGCAGAAGAAGGAUAAGAAAACAGAGGGGGACUGGAGGCAUAAAUUGGUCACCAGAGCUAAUCAGUUUUUGGUGGCAUCUUCUGUACGUUCUCCUGAAGGCCGAAGAAGAAUUUUCACUGAUAUUAAUAGCGUUUUCAAUGAGUUUGUUAAUUCAGCAGAUUCUUCCAGGCCUCCAACAACUGAAAUACAUGCUUUUAUUGAUUUGCUUAAUGAUGCCUUAGCUGCUCGGUUGCCCACAGGCUCACCUAUUUCAGCUGAAGCUUCAGUGUCUUUUAUAGAUGUUGGACUUGUUAAGUCAUUGACUCGAACUCUAGAAGUUUUGGACUUGGACAAUGCUGAGUCACUGAAGGUUGUUAGUGGAAUUAUUAAGGCCCUGGAACUUGUUACAAAAGAACAUGUCCAUUCUGCUGAUGGUAAUGCUCAGAAGGGGAGCACCUCAAUGAAGCCUGCAGAUGAAACUCAACAAGAACAUGUUGAUGGUACUGGAAACAGGUUUCAGGCCUUGGAGACCAUGUCCCAGCCUGAUGGUAAUGCGGCAGCUACGGAACAAAUAGAAGCUUUCAAUACAGUUCAAGCAUCAGGUGGUGGUGAUUUCCUUACAGAUGAUAUGGACCAUGAUCGAGAUUUAGUUGGAGGUUUUGCUCCUGAAGGAGAAGAUGACUUUAUGCAUGAGAGUUCUGAAGCAGGUGGAGACAAUGAGAAUACUGUUGCAACGGUGGAAAUUAGAUUUGAUAUCCCACGGAACAUGGAAGGCAAUGUGGGUGAUGAAGAUGAUGAUGAGGAUAUGUCAGGGGGUGAAGGGGAAGAAGGAGAAGAUGAUGAUGAUGAUGACGACGAUGAUGAGGACGAAGAGGAUGAGGAGCACAAUUAUUUGGAGGAAGAUGAAGUCCAUCGCUUGUCACACCAGGACACAGAUCAGGAAGAUCAUGAGAUGGAUGAUGAGUUCGACGAGGAUGUGCUAGUUGAGGAGGAGGAAGAUGAUGAAGAUGAUGGUGAGGGUGUCAUUUUUAGGCUUGAGGACGGUAUCAAUGGGAUCAAUGUUUUUGACCACAUUGAGGUUUUUGGUGGGGGCAACAAUUUUUCAAAUGAAACGUUACGUGUGAUGCCUCUUGAAGUUUUUGGAUCUAGACGUCAAGGUCGUAGCACAUCCAUCAUCAAUCUUCUUGGCAGGUCCGGCAAUCACGGGAUUCCUGCUGAGCAUCCAUUUUUGAUGGACCCUUCCUCAAGGCCCCUAGUCCAUCAGAGGCAACCUGGUGAGCGUCCAACUACCUUCUUUAUAUAUUAUUCAUCUGUAUAUUUGACUCAUGGUGUGGUAAUUUGUUUAUCUUUUUUCAGAGGGUACUGUUGAUAUGGCAUUUUCAGAUAGAGUUGUAGAGAAUGCUUCCUCUAGAUUGGAUGCUGUUUUUCGGUCCUUAAGCCCUGGGAGGCAUGGUCGUCGUUUCAGUAUGUGGAUAGAUGAUAGUCAACAGCAACGUGGCUCAUCAAAUGCUCCUUCAGUGCCACAGGGCAUUGAAGAAAUGCUUAUUUCACAAUUGAGAAGGCCCACACUUGGCCAAGCAUCUGAGCAAAAUGCCUCAACACCUCACCAACAACACAAGGAUGAAGGUGCUGACUUGCAUCAGCCAGAAACUAUUGUGAGAGAAGAAGCACCUACGGAGAACGUUCAGAAUGACAAUGUGACCAUUCUUUCAGACAGUUCUGCUAGGGAUUCGUCUACAAAUGUUGAUGUCAGACAGGGUGAUGGUGGUCCACAUCAGGUAGGGGAUGCAUCAAAUGCAAAUGAUCAAGUUAUUGAGAUGCAAUAUGAACGAAGUGAGGCCAUCAUUCGUGAUGUUGAGGCAGUUAGCCAGGGAAGCAGUGGAAGCGGUGCGACUGUAGGUGAAAGCCUUCGUAGUUUGGAGGUUGAAAUAGGAAGCGCUGAUGGACAUGAUGACGGAAGUGAUAGACAAGGGGAUCUACAGUCUACAGGUCGGUUGAGGAGGUCAUCAGGUAGCACAAUGCAAAUGACAGCAAGAGAUGCAUCAUUGGAAAGCGUCAGUGAAGUUCCAUCCCAUACUCCAGAAGGAGAACAUGACAAUCUACUUGGUGAACAGCAGAUGAACAGAGACGGCAACCCCAGUGCCAUUGAUCCUACAUUUUUAGAGGCUCUUCCGGAGGACCUAAGAGCUGAAGUGCUUUCUGUGCAACAGAAUCAACCAGCCCAGACAUCAAAUAACCAGCCUCAGACAACUGGUGACAUAGAUCCUGAAUUUCUCGCUGCUCUGCCCCCAGAUAUCCGAGCAGAGGUUUUAGCACAGCAGCAAGCUCAGAGGUUGCAUCAGUCUCAGGAAUUAGAAGGUCAACCUGUGGAAAUGGAUACUGUUUCCAUAAUUGCUACAUUUCCUUCAGAUCUGAGGGAAGAGGUAAGUCUAUUGGUUGUCGCUUUUGUUUAUCUGAAAUUUACCUACAAGUUCAGUUUAGUAACACUGUUAAGGUGUUAAUCAUAUCUUUAUGAUUGACAAAUUUCUGUACUCUCUGUUUUAGGUACUUCUGACAUCCCCUGAUGCAGUUCUUGCAAAUCUCACUCCUGCACUUGUGGCGGAAGCAAAUAUGCUCCGAGAGAGAUUUGCACGUAGAUACCACGGUGGUACUCUGUUUGGAAUGUACCCUCGAGGGUGGCGAGGUGAGUCUUCAAGACGUGGUGAAGGAGCUGAGUUGGACAGAGAAGCAGGAGCUGCUGCCUCUCGGGGACCGAGGGGAACCAAAUUGGUUGAAGCCGAUGGAGCACCUCUAGUUGACAUUGAAGCUUUGAAAGCCAUGGUUCGUUUGCUACGCAUUGUACAGGUAUUUAUCUGUGACAUUAAAUUUCAUGUUUUGGCUCCUAUUGAUGUUACUAUCAGUAUUUUUAACACAUUUUCUUCAGCCAUUAUAUAAGGGUCAGUUUCAGAGGCUUCUCCUAAAUCUUUGCACGCACCAAGAUACAAGGUCUUCUUUGGUGCAACUACUCAUGGAAUUACUCAUGCUUGAUGUAAGAGGGCAUAUGAAAAGCAUGGAUGGAUCUGUAGAAUCAUCUUAUCGGUUAUAUGCCUGCCAAAGUUAUGUCAUCUAUUCACGCCCUCAGUCUUCAGAUGGUAAGAUUUUUCUGGAUCCGUUGAUGUCAGGCUAGAGGCUAACACAUCUGUGCUUUUCUUUGCGUGUAUAUUUUUUCGUUUUAGAAAUUAACUUAUGUUACUAUUGUUAUGACUCCAUACAGGUGUACCUCCCCUAGUUUCUCGACGUAUUUUGGAAACCCUGACCUAUUUGGCUAGGAACCAUCCUCAAGUAGCAAAAUUGUUUCUUCAUCUAGAACUACCACGUACUUCUGUACAGUAUUCUGACCAACGGCAUGGGAAAGCAGUUGCAGCUAUGCAAGAUGAUCGAUCUGAGGAAAAGGGUGAUUUUCCUAUUAUUCUGCUGCUCAGUCUCUUGAAUCAACCGUUAUAUCUGAGAAGUGUAGCACAUCUGGAACAGGUCAAUUCUCUGAAGGCUUCUACUUUUACAAAACUCCAAUUGCGUAAAAUGUUUCUAAAUGGUUUACUGAAAUCUCUGUUUCAGUUGCUAAAUCUACUUGAGGUUGUUGUGGAUAAUGCUGAGGGUGACUCUGGAAUCUCGACACAAACGGGGGAAUCUCUUGAUCAGUCAUCUGCCCCUGAGAGUGUUAUGCAAGAUGUCCAUGUAAAUGCUGACAUUGCCGGGUCAUCUUCAUCUGUGGAUGCUACAUCUACAAGCACAGAUGUGCGUGGAUCUUUGGUUUCUGUUAUUUUAAGCCUACCACAGUCAGAGCUUCAGCUAUUGUGUUCUUUAUUGGCACGCGAAGGGUAUGUCCUUAGAUGGUAGAGGGAAAUGCUUUUCUUGAACAUAUAUAUUUUUCUUCGUUUUUAGGUUUUGAAUUUUGCUUUUAAAUUUACAUUCAUGCUUACUUUUCUUAACAAGACAAAAGACUUGUAUCAUGAUUUUGACGCUUGUAUAUUUUUUUCAGUCUUUCUUAGAUAUACAUAUUUUAAGUUACUGAUCAGUUACUUUUUUAUUUCCAGUAAAUUGGCAAGUAUUGUGACAGGUGAAUUGAGGUUAUUUAAUUUAACAAAUUUUGUGAUUUCGACUAGAACCUUUCUGUUAUUGUUGCUGUCAAUGUGAAAUGAACAGGGCCUCUUUCUUCUUAAAUUUGGUUGAAGAAAUAUUUUACUUUACGUGGAUAUCAAAGAGUAAUUAUUCAGGUCUAAACAACUUGGCCCUUUUUGUUUCUUUUGGGGAUUGCGAGAACCGCCCUCUGAGAUCCUUAUUAUUGAAACGAAUGGAGAUGUUCACCCGUGGAAAUCUUUCUUACCCCCAGUGAGGUUAGCACAGCGCCCAAUAAUUGUAUGAAACAGAAAGCAGGAUAAAAUGAUUUCUGCUGAAAAGCAUCCGGUUGCUUUUUCUGAAAUUAAUAUGGGUGCUCCUGUGAAACUGGGGGGUAUGAAAGACACCUCCUGUGAAAAGCAUACAGUUAAAGGGUUCUCUCGUAUCAUCAAUACCAUAAACUUAUUGCCUGAAAAGGUAUGAUAUGUACCACAUAGGCAGACUAAAUCAUUAAUCUCAUUAGAUGUGCAAGCUUUCUGAAUGGCGUGCUGCUUUUCCUGUAAAACGCUACAGAAUUGAUUUUUCUUUACUAAGAAUAGAUUCUUCAACGUAAGGCUAGAUAGAGGACUUGAGAGAGGAUAAUCAAAAACAGUACUUUGUUGUUUGUCAUUCUUUUAAAAUAAAGUUGUCGUGGUGGACAUUAUGAUGCAGAAAUUAUCAAGUAUCCCUUCAGAAAUGUGCACUCCCAGUUCCAACCUCAAGAAAUGUGCUUACCUUGCAAAAGUUGCUUGUGUUUUGAGUCCAAAGAUGGAGCAGACCAUAGAUUGUAGAAUAUUUUUAUUCCAAGUAUAAAUCAGUAGUAAUGUUAUGACUGGAAGCUCCACUAGAUGACCGAGUCUCUAUUUAGCAAAUGAUUGCAUACUCACUCACUCCUCACCCAUGCCAUACUUUUUCCGUCGUUUGCAUGUAAGUGAAUUUCUUCGAUUGUUAUACAUCUUUACACAAAAGGACCUUGAUGGAAAAUAUUAUGUUACCUAUUUUAUUUGGCUGACAAAUCUUAAGCCUCAAUAGUGAUCUGCUUUUUUCUCGGCAUUAUCAUAACUUUCAUUCUGUUAGUAAAAUUUAUUUAUAGUACUGUGGUUAGUUCUAAAGUAUCAUCUCAUCGUUAGACUGCCCCGAUCUUUAAUACGUGCAUAGUGUCUUUUUAGCAAAAUAGUCGUUGUUUGUCCUGCUAGGCUGCGUGGUGAUCAAGUACUAUCAUUCCUCCUAAAAGUAUUACUGUUUUUUUCGGUUAUUUUUCACCAGUUAUCGCUUCUGUAAUAUAUACAUGUAUGUAUCUUUGAUAGCCUAUGCCUCCUUUUUUUUAGCUUAUAAGGUAACCAUAUCUUCUCUCUGUAGCCUGUCAGAUAGCGCAUAUGUCCUUGUAGCUGAGAUAUUGAAGAAGAUCGUUGCCAUUGCUCCACUCCAUUGUAAUUUAUUUAUCACAGAGCUGGCAAAUUCAGUUCAAAGCUUGACAGUUUCAGCAUCGACUGAGCUGGAACAAUAUGAGGAAGCAGAGAAGGGUAUUCUGAGUUCUUUUUCCGUUGAUGGAAAUGCUAUCUUGAGGGUUUUGCAGGCAUUGAGUUCACUUGUUGCUACUUUGAAUGAGAAGGGAAAGGAACCUCAGCUUCUUCCACAGAAGGAUCGUAAUGAUGUUCUUUCUCAGGUCUGGAAUAUAAAUGUUGUUCUAGAACCAUUAUGGCGACAAUUAAGUAAUUGCAUAAGCAAGAUAGAGAAUUCCUCAGAGUCUUCAUUGGAUUUAGUUUCAAUGCCUGCUGCCAAUACUUUCACAAAUGUCAGUGUUAUGCCUCCACUUCCUGCUGGCACACAGAACAUUUUGCCAUAUAUAGAGUCUUUCUUUGUGACUUGUGAAAAAUUACAUCCUGGACAGACAAGUGCUGCCAAUGAUUUAGGCACCUCUUCAGAUCUUGAAGAUGCCUCAACUUCUACUAGUGGGCAGAAAUCUUACAAUACUCAUAUGAAAGCUGAAGAGAAAAACAAUGCUUUCAUAAAGUUCUCGGAGAAGCACAGGAAGCUGUUAAAUGCUUUCAUCCGUCAAAACCCGGGGUUGCUUGAGAGAUCAUUCUCGCUUAUGUUGAAAGUUCCGCGAUUUAUUGAUUUUGACAAUAAACGUGCUCAUUUUCGAUCAAAAAUAAAACAUCAUCACGAUCAUCAUCAUGGUCCUCUGAGAAUUUCAGUUAGAAGAGCUUAUAUUCUUGAAGACUCGUAUAACCAGCUUCGCAUGCGGUCACCCCAAGAUCUUAAGGGUAGGUUGACAGUCCAUUUCCAAGGUGAAGAAGGUAUUGAUGCAGGUGGGCUUACUCGGGAAUGGUAUCAGUUGCUUUCCCGUGUAAUAUUUGACAAGAAUGCUCUUCUCUUCACUACUGUGGGCAAUGAAUCAACGUUUCAGCCAAAUCCUAACUCUGGUUAUCAGACAGAACAUCUCUCAUACUUCAAGUUCGUCGGGCGGGUGGUAUGUGCCAUCUAUCACACAUUGUCCGUUAAGUCCUAUUGGACUCGGCCAUUUCUGACUUUCUUUCUCUCUGCCUCUCUUUCCCCAUUCCAGGUAGGCAAGGCCUUAUUUGAUGGCCAUCUACUUGAUGUGCAUUUUACGAGAUCUUUCUACAAGCAUAUUCUUGGUGUAAAAGUGACGUACCUAGACAUUGAAGCUGUUGACCCUGAUUACUUCAAAAACCUAAAGUGGAUGCUUGAGGUAUUAUGUUCAGUUGUCUCAAGCACAUUCUUUCUAACUUCUCCAUUUUGUUUGGCUGACUUGAUUCUCUUUUCCUUUGUAGAACGAUAUAAAUGAUGUUUUAGAUCUUACUUUCAGCAUGGAUGCUGAUGAAGAGAAGCUGAUUUUGUAUGAGCGUGCCGAGGUAAUUCAACUUGUGUUAACUAGGUCACAUUUUCUUCAUUUUUUCAUCGUGUUUCCUCAUUGGAGGAUAGGAGGAAUUAUUGUAGGAUUUAUGUGAAUGAGUCUAACUAGUUCUUUUGUAUUUUUCGGCCAUGAUGAGAAAUGUUUCUCACAUUAUUUGUCGGGUCAAGCGUAAUAGGAGGUUUCAUUCCUUAAAUACCACUGGCAGCAACUUACUUAUUUUAUAACUAAAACUGAGUGGCUGAUGUUGAAACACGUCAAUAUGCAAGCUAGCACUAGAUCAUUAUGUUUUUUGUAGCAAACUCUUUGUCAGCUUCUUUUUUUUCCGCAACUAUGUAUUGAUAGCUAUCGAUCUCAGUUUGUCAACUGAUGCAUUGGGUGUGAGUGAAUAAAUGGUUUGUCAGCCAUCAGAGCUUUUAUGGUCAGGCAGCUGAAAUUCUUCUAGUUUGGUCGACUUUGGAUUGAGAUUCAAUGUGUUUUAUUAAUCAACUGUGGAUCGUAUUGCCCAUAUUUCAAUGUGAGAUCCUGAUUCAGAUUAUACAUUUAAGACCAAAAAGCGUUAUAGAAAGGGGGUCACAUGAAUCGUCAAUGUAUAUUUUUUUCAUUCGUGUUUAAAUUUUCUGAAGUGAAGUCACGAAUUUUCUACCGAAAAAUGUCUAGAUUUUCUUUUUUUAUUACUACUCCAGAUUGACAACUUUAGAAAAAUGACAAUCACACCUGUAUCUUAUCGACCGUUUAGAAUGUUUUUCUCAGCAUCUAAAGAUUAACUAGUUGGGAGGCCCGUUCAUCGUCUCCUAAACAUACUCUUCACAGACGGAUGAUGCCAGCUCCUCAUAACAUUGGUUUUGAUGUAGGAAAUGUGAAUUUCAAACCUAGGAAGGAAGUAGGUGACAUAUCACAGCAUUAAUUUCCGUCCGUGCCAUUGUUUUGAUGAUUAUUUUGGUUGGUGUUGUUGCUUAGUUUGUCUGAUCUUAUAUUUAAAUAUCCCGCAGGUUACUGAUUAUGAGUUGAUUCCUGGAGGAAGAAAUAUCAGGGUGACUGAAGAAAAUAAGCACGAAUAUGUUGAUCUUGUUGCCGAACAUCGCCUCACCACUGCUAUUCGUCCUCAAAUAAAUGCAUUUAUGGAGGGAUUCAAUGACUUAAUUCCAAAGGAUUUGAUAUCAAUUUUUAAUGACAAGGAGCUGGAGCUAUUGAUAAGUGGACUUCCCGAUAUUGACUGUUAGUCCCGGAUUACUUUAGAAUCUCUUAUGAUAAUAUUUAGGCGAUUUUAUUUCGUCAUGUUCGUUUAAAAUGUUCCAUGUUGAUGCAGUGGAUGACUUGCGGGCAAAUACGGAGUACUCCGGGUACAACAAUGUUUCUCCUGUGAUACAGUGGUUCUGGGAGGUGGUUCAAGGCUUCAGCAAGGAGGACAAAGCUCGACUUCUGCAAUUUGUCACGGGCACCUCAAAGGUUUGGCGACUGAAAUUUACAACGCUGAGUUUUCUUCUCUGUUGUGUGGUAUUGGUGUUUCAAACUAUGCAUGUGCACAAGUCCGCAGUUUCUGUCGUUACUAUCUCUAGAGUAGCAAGAGUUCUGAAUUUUCAGGCUGGUGAUAAAUGUCUGAAAUUUAUUAUUUGCAUCUAGAUUGAAAUGUUCGAAAUCUCCGAGUCAUUUAGUUCACAUUGGAAACAAGAGUGGUAUUUGGUUAGAUGCAGGUGUAUUGUGCAUCUGUCCUCCUCCUGUAUGCUCGCCCACACACUUUGUUUGUGGAGUGGGCGGGUCCAUGCCUCUGUCCUGACGGAAUAAGGUCUCUGUUCGUGUCCCAAGUAGGGAGAAUGGGUGGUCGAUGAUGAUAUAUGACUAGGGAGAAUAUGAGCAUUUUUGGUGUCUUUUAUGGCCUCUUUUUGUCGAAAUCUAUGGGGUUUCUUUUUAUCCCCGGGGCCAAUUUUGCAGGUACCCCUGGAAGGUUUCAGUGCGCUGCAAGGAAUUUCUGGUCCUCAGAGAUUUCAGAUACACAAGGCAUAUGGGAGUACGAGUCACCUUCCUUCGGCACAUACAUGGUAACUUUCUACACUCGGACUCCGCUUUUCUCCCUCAUCUCCUCCUUGAGUCCCGGCUCCCUUCUCCUGGCCUGAUGUUGUUGCUUUGGAUUGCAGCUUCAACCAGCUGGACAUGCCCGAGUACACCUCCAAGGGACAGCUGCAGGAGAGGCUACUUCUUGCCAUUCACGAGGCCAACGAGGGAUUCGGCUUCGGUUAG